GCGGAAGUGCUGUCAACAGAGAAGGGAGCUGCUGGAGUCAACUGUCCUCAGUCAAACACGAUGUCCAACAACAGCGAGACCCGGUACUGUCACCGCUGCUCCUACGUUUUCCUCAAAUUCACCUUGUUCGGUUAUGCCAUCAUCUGGUGGUUGAUUGGCGGCUUUAUCCUGGCAAUUGGCAUCUACGCUGAGGUGGAGAGACAACGCUAUAAGACGCUGGAGGGAGUGUUUCUUGCCCCGGCGAUAAUCCUGAUCCUUCUGGGAAUCAUCAUGUUUAUUGUUUCACUUAUUGGAGUCUUGGGUUCACUGAGAGAUAAUAUACUCCUACUGAAAGUGUUCAUGUACACCCUGACUGUGUGUCUGAUCCUGGAGCUGCUGGGAGGAAUAUUGGCGCUAGUGUUUCGUAACCAGACGGUGGAGUUACUGAACAAGAACAUCCGAAGAGGCAUCGUGAACUACUAUGAUGACCUAGACUUCAAAAACAUCAUGGACUUUGUACAGAAGAAGUUUAAGUGUUGUGGAGGUCAGGAGUACACAGACUGGUCGGUCAACAUGUACCACAAUUGUUCUGCACCUGGUCCACUAGCCUGCGGAGUCCCUUAUACCUGCUGCAUUACUACUAAGCCUAAUGAAGUGGCCAACACUCUGUGUGGGUACCAGGUGUUGAAAAAAGAGCGUUUGUCCUUGAUCGAAAUCAUCCACAUCAGAGGCUGCACUGAUGCUUUCUUCAUCUGGCUGAUGGACAACUAUAAGAUUAUGGCCGGACUGCUUUUAGGGAUCCUUCUGCCUCAGUUCUUUGGUGUGAUAGUCAGCUGGCUGUAUAUCACUCGUGUCGAAGACGCCAUCAGUGAGUAUGGUCACUACAUGGAUCUACUGGACUCAAGCGCUCAGGGAAGAGCAGCCAAGAGGCAGGGCCACAUGGCCAAAUGGUUCAAGUGUAUGCCAGAGAUCGACUGAUGGAGACAAAAAUAAGCAGCAAAUGGACUAGAGCCAACAUUCGCAGUUGGUUAAAUCACUCCAAUCAUUCCAGAUAGUGCUGCAGCUGCCGCGGGAGGCUGUCUUUGAACUACAGGUUUACUUUAGGCUCUCUCCACUGUGGAGAAAAAUAUGUGUUGAUGUUUUUUGUUCUUUCUUUUUUGUAAAGAAGGAAAUGCAACCAGACCGCUGACAGUUUGAUAUUCGAGUGUUCCUUCUCCAGUUUAGUGUAAACAUACUGUGUGUAUCCAGCACAAAAACAUUUGAAGGGCCCACUGUGGUGUUAAUUAUAAUUACUCUGUUAACAUACAGUGCACUAAUGCACCAGUGGGUUCAUUUAGACAGGUGCUUUUAACUGCAUUGUGCCUAAGACAGUCUCAGGGAUAAACGCAGACUCCAAUACAACCACUUUUAUAAAACUCCUGGUUUUAAAAUAUGACAUGAAGUUAGUUCAAUCACACAACCACAAUAUACCACACUGACUUUUUCCUAUUUUUAUACAUGUGUUCAUUGUUUGUUUGCUACCAGUUUAGACAUUGCUCAGUUCCUCCACAACUGAUGAGCUCCAUCAUCCAAUCAUUACUGUUGCCAUAAACUACACACAAGAUAAUGUAGGCUAAGAAACCCUUUAUGUCAACUGAGAGCAUGAUGUGUUUGCCUUAUUUGUAUAUAGAACUGGAAAUACUCAGAGGUUUGAGACUAAAUUUGUUAUUUUUAAGUUUUUUAUACGUACCCUGUACAUCCCUGUAUGAACACAAGUGCUCAUUUAACCACUGAACCAACUGCAUCUCCUCAAAGCCUAACCUUUAACUCCAAAAAAUGCAUUUUCUGUUCAUGUCCAGUCAAUUUACUGGUAUAAAUAGAAAAAGAUGGAAUAAAGCUGAUCUUGCACUGCAGGGCCUAUUGGUGCAGUGCAUUCACGCUAGGAAGUCCGAAUUUAAUGUGUUGCUCCAUGUUAAACAACGUAUUACAAUUUGCUAGCCAAGACAUAUUGUAGAUAACUAUAUUAUCUUAGAACAUCCUAAAAUAUACUGAAUGAUCCAUUGUGGUUUUCAGUUUUACAGAUACAAACUCAUCAAAAGUGAAUUUAAUGUGCGAUUGAACUUUUUUUAGUUCGAUAUGUAAUUGGAAGUACUGCAUCAUUCUUAAUACUACAGUAUUAUAGUAUUACACACUGAUAAAACUUAUUUGCAAGCAUUUUGGUUCUUUUCAGCAAUUCCCUCUGUUCAAAAGAAUACAAGGCCAAACAGGAUUUAUCAAGGUUUAUAUGUUAGAUUUGUUUACACUGGAGGGUCAAACGAAAAGUGUCAAGACUUCAUCCCCAUUAGUACGGUCACAUAUCAAGGCCAAAUGUCUAAUUGUCUAAAUUAAACUAAUUCAUCUUAUUCAUCCUGCUGCAGAAAAGGCCUAAAUUUUACAUUACUCGUAAUAUGUUGGAUUUUUUCCCUGUUCUUUGGAGUUACCAUCUUCAGUGGUGGAAAUAACAGAAGGUGGAACAGCUGUAAUAACUGUGGAAACUUGUGUAAUUGCAAGGCUCUGAGGAAAUACAUUUGUCUUUGCAACAGCGGCACCAACAAUACCACAUGGAAAUGUCAUGGGGGGGGGGGGUUGUAUUGAUGAACUUUCUGUAACUAUCAUUACUAUAGUCUAUAAUUGCAGUACAUGCCAAAAUUCCAGGGUUGUCUCUGUAUAGGAGUAAGAUGACACACACAUUUAUAUUCACAAUAAUCUCUUUAGUUUCAUAUUUGCAAGGACAUUCAGUACACCACCCUUAUGUAUGCCCUGUACCGUGUGCCAAUCAUUUGUCAUAUUCUGUAUAUGAGUGCAUACAUUCAGUAUGUGUGUGGCCUCACUGGGAACGGAGUCCUUUGUCUUUUAAAGUUCAUCAUCAUCAUCAUCAUCAGUUUGUUGCGCUGCACAAGUCUGCACUAAUUGAAAAAAAAUGUUUUUUUCUGGUUGUGGGUGGAAAAUAAAACGAUUUAAAACUG